UCUGGCAACCCUGGGAAGAAUAUAGGUUACUUAACAAUGGCGGCUACAGCAACUGAGGUGAUUGUGAUUGGAGCCGGGAUCAGUGGUUUAUGUGCUGCUAAACUACUAGUAGACAAUGGGAUUGAUGUUCUUGUACUGGAGGCACGUGACCGAGUGGGUGGACGUACACACACAAUACAGGAUGCUUCAGUCGGUGGGUACGUUGAUGCUGGUGGCUCGUAUGUUGGACGUACUCAAGAUCGUCUGCUCCGCGUUGCUGAGGAACUGGGCGUGGAGAGUUAUUCAGUUGACGGAAAUGCCCGGAUUGCUUUUCUACAAAAUGGUAAGGUGUACCCCUUCGAAGGCUCAUUCCCGUCAUUCUAUAACCCAAUCACCUGGAUGGAUGUCAAUCACGUGAAGCGAGAAAUUAACUCAAUUGGUAAAAAGAUACCAGCUGCUACUCCCUGGGAUUGUCCCAACGCAGAGAAGUUGGAUAACACAACGCUACAGAAAUGGAUUGACGAUACUACAUGGACAAAGACAGGCAGGAACCUUGUCAAGACUUUAUGUCGGCUGAUCGUAACGUCUGAGCCAACAGAAGUAUCGUUGUUGUUCUUUGCAUGGUACGUCAAGCAAUGUAAUGGCUUCCUGCGAACCACAUCAACCAAAUAUGGCGGACAAGAAAGGAAGUUCAUUGGUGGCUCGCAGCGGAUUUCUCUCGGACUAAUGGACAAAAUUGGAAAAGACCGCGUAAUUUUUGACAAUCCGGUGUAUUCUAUCGACCAAUCAGGAGACGUCGCCGUCAUCAAGACGUUAGGAGAAAAGACGUAUGAGGCUAAGCAUGUGAUUUUGGCGAUGUCGCCAGCGUUGAUCCAAAAGGUUCACUUCAAUCCACCAUUACCACCGCUUAAAAAUCAACUUGCUGCUCGGUGUCCCAUAGGUUCUGUUAUCAAAUGUAUGAUUUACUACAAAACGCAGUUUUGGAGAAACAGAGGUUUCUGUGGUUCAUCGUGGAGCAUCGAUCCUGAUCUUCCGGUCGAGUGGUCUUUGGAUGACACUAAACCUGAUGGCACCGCUCCAGCUUUGGUCACGUUUAUAACAGCAAACAAGGCGAGAAAGUUCUGUCAGCUGACUGAAAACGAGAGACGUGAUAAACUGUGUCGGUAUUAUGCUAAGGUGUUUGGGACAGACGAAGCAAUGCAUCCAAUCAACUACUUGGAGAAAAAUUGGAUGGCAGAGACAUAUUCCGCAGGCUGCUAUACUACGGUCUUCCAGCCGGGCACUAUUUGCCAAUACGGAAGAGAGUUGAGAAGAAUCGUUGGCUGUAUACACUUUGCAGGAACAGAAACAGCUAUUAAAUGGUCGGGCUACAUGGAUGGUGCUGUUGAGUCCGGUGAACGUGCUGCUAGAGAGGUACUUCAUGCUAUGGGAAAGUUGUCUGAAGAUGAAAUUUGGCAAGAAGAGCCACCGUCCGAGGACUUCCCUGCAGUUCCGUUCACGCAGUCUUUUCUUGAAAUGAAUGCUCCGUCGGUUGAUGGUUUAGUUCGUUUUGUUACUAACACAACGAUCCUGACGGCUGUUGUCGCUGGGGGUGUGUGGCUCUACAAACAUGCAAAAUUUUAAUAAAUACAAACAACUUAACUGUAUGCCUAAUUGGAAAUACAAGGGGUUUUAUGUUAACUGCACUAUUGGAGGAUAUAGAAUGAAGAAAUACUGUAUUGCAUUUUUAAAAGUUUUUAUAAAUUGAAAAUGAAGGCCUACUCGCUGGACCGUAAUAAGGAAUGAAUUGCAUAAUUAGGCCUAUAUUUUAUAUAUAUGCAAAUGGUUAUAUGAGAAAUCUGCAAGUGUGAGAGAUAAUUUUUACAUAAGAAAUAGUACAGGUGAUUUUUUGACCCGUAAAGGGCGUCGUUGACGUGAGUACUGUAUUAAAUUGAUAUGCUCCAUUGUCAUAUUUA